CCUCAGUAAGGUCAUUGCUGACCUCAAUGUGAGUAAAUGAAAAAUGAGUAUGUCAUCAUUAAUUUGCAGUCCUGUUUUCUCUUGCUGGUUGUUGUCAUGGCAUGGCUCUCUGGACAGUAAAAGCUAUCUAUGUUCUGUCUGUCCUCCUCCUGACUAAGCAGAAGCGGCAGCAGCAGCAGGGUGGGGCACCAUCAAGCUCCUCUGACAGCUCAUCAGAGGAGGAGGAGCAGGAGGAGGAGGAGAAAGAGGAGGAGGAGGAAGAGCAGCAGCCACCACCACCAGCACCAGAGGAAGAGGGGGACUCAUCCCCCUCUUCCUCAGAACAGCAGCAGCAGCAGCAGCCACCACCACCACAGGAAGAGGGGGACUCAUCCCCCUCGAGCAUGGAGCAGCAGCAGCAGCAGGCAACAUCUGGCGAAGACAGUGGUGAGGAGGAGGAGGAGGGGCAGGAGGAGGAGGCCGAGCCACCAGUUCCUCAGAAGAGGAGGGCCUCCUCUUCUGUCCCUCCUGCUGCUGCUGCUGCUGCUGCUCCAAGACCGGAGCAGAGCACCAGUGAAGAGGAAAGUGAGCAGCUGAGCCCUAGGCUGAGGGCCAUCAAGACUGCCCUCAAGCCAUACUUUGCCGGGAAGAGCAGGGCCUCUAAUUUGAGGAACAUCUGCUUCGGCACCUCAAUUGACAAAUACAUGGCAUCAUAUGCUGAUUUUGUUUCAUGCCCAGAAGGCACAAACAAAAUGAAAGAGAAUGCCACAUCGAAGACCACCUGA